CGAUUGAUCCGGCGGCGGACGAGGAAAAUGGCGGACAAAACAGUGCGGAGCUCGGAGAGACGCGGUGUGUGCAGCGGCUGUGAGGUGCAAGUGAUGCAUUGCUGAGCUUUCCGAUUGCAAACUUUUAUGAGCUUGUAUGUUAUAAAAAGUGUGUUUCUGAUUAAUUAACUAAACUAGAGCGCUGACAAAAUGACUGCCCCAAAGAGGACUCUCAGUAAAAAGGAGCAGGAGGAAAUUAAAAAGAAGGAAGAUGAAAAGGCAGCUGCUGAAAUAUAUGAGGAAUUUUUGGCCUCCUUUGAGGGUGCUGACUCCAGUAAAGUAAAAGCGUUUGUUAGAGGUGGCAUUGUAAAUGCGACAAGAGAAGAACGAUUGGAGGAACAGAAAGGAAAAUUGUAUAAACCUUCCACACGGGUUCCAGAGGUAAAGAGUUUAGUACCAGAGAAAUCAUCUUCACCAUCUUUCACAUCAGACCCCAAGAAACCACCUUUAAAGAAGGGUGAAAAGGAGAAGAAAAAAAGUAACUUAGAGUUAUUCAAAGAGGAAUUAAAACAAAUUCAAGAAGAACGUGAUGAACGGCAGAAAACAAAAGUGGGUAAGGAUGCUCCUUUCAGGCCUAGUCGAUUUGAGCCUCUGCCAUCAGAAGAGUCGACGCAAACUCGCCGCUCUUCUGAAUCUUCGAGGAGAAACAGGCAAACAAAUGCACUUGAGGAAUUUACUCCUGGUUCUCAUGAUGCAGGCGAUCCAACUACUACUAAUUUAUAUAUUGGUAACAUUAAUCCGAAGAUGAAUGAAGAAAUGCUGUGUCAAGAGUUUGGACGCUUUGGUCCCUUGGCUAGUGUUAAAAUUAUGUGGCCCAGAACAGAAGAAGAAAGAGCCAGAGAGAGAAAUUGCGGAUUUGUAGCUUAUAUGAACAGGAGAGACGCUGAACGAGCUUUGAAAAAUCUGAAUGGGAAGAUCAUUAUGGAAUUUGAAAUGAAGCUGGGUUGGGGUAAGGCUGUGCCUAUUCCUCCUCACCCAAUUUAUAUUCCACCUGCUAUGAGGGAGUUGACUCUACCACCACCCCCCUCUGGAUUACCUUUCAAUGCCCAACCACGGGAGAGGCUAAAGAAUCCUACAACUCCAGUGAUGCCACCGAAAAAUCAAGAUGAUUUUGAAAAGACUCUGUCGCACGCCAUAGUCAAAGUGGUUAUCCCAACAGAAAGGAACUUAUUGUGUGUUAUUCAUCGGAUGAUCGAAUUUGUGGUGCGUGAAGGACCAAUGUUCGAAGCCAUGAUUAUGAACAGAGAAAUUAGCAACCCCAUGUUCAGAUUCCUUUUUGAAAAUCAAAGCCCAGCCCAUGUCUAUUACAGAUGGAAAUUGUAUUCAAUACUGCAGGGUGAUUCACCAACCAAGUGGCGAACUCUGGAUUUCCGUAUGUUCAAGAAUGGGUCAUUUUGGCGACCGCCACCUCUGAACCCAUACUUACAAGAAAUAUUAGAAGAAACCGAAUCACGUGCUGAGGAGAAUGUGAAAAAGGGGCAGUUGAAGGAAGAUCAGAGGGAUAAAUUGGAGGAACUCUUGCGGGGACUGACUCCACGUAAAAAUGACAUUGGUGAUGCUAUGGUGUUUUGCCUGAAUCAUGCUGAGGCUGCUGAAGAAAUUGUGGAAUGUAUUGCAGAAUCUUUGUCCAUAUUGAAGACUCCAUUACCUAAAAAGAUUGCCAGACUUUAUUUGGUGUCAGAUGUAUUGUACAAUUCUUCUGCAAAAGUUGCAAAUGCCUCGUACUACAGAAAGUUUUUUGAAUCUAAGUUGUGCCAGAUAUUUGCAAAUCUUAAUGCAACCUACAAGUCAAUACAAGGUCACUUGCAGUCUGAAAAUUUUAAGCAAAGAGUGAUGGGUUGCUUUAGAGCAUGGGAAGAUUGGACAGUUUACCCUGACCCAUUCCUCAUUAAACUCCAAAAUAUCUUUCUUGGACUUGUAGAUCUUGAGGAAGAAAAUAAAGAAGUCUGCAAACCUCAGAAUAUCUUCCUUGGACUUGUGGAUGUUGAAGAAAUGAAAGAAGUUUCUAAACGACAGCCAGAGUCUGAAGAACUAGAUGGAGUACCUGUUGAAGAUGAACUUGAUGGCGCCCCAUUGGAGGAUGUAGAUGGAGUUCCAAUUGAUCUAGGCUCUGGUCUAGAUGAUCUUGACGGUGUUCCUAUGAAGAUGCUAGAUGAUGACCUUGACGGUGUUCCCACUGUUACAACUUCAAAAUGGGAGCUCUUUGACCAACCGACUGAAUCAGAAGAGGAUGAACAGCCAGUAGACAGUACAUUAAAGGGAAGUGAUGAUGAAGAAGAUGAUGAUGAUAUUGAUGAUCAGAUACGGUCAGAGGAACUGCUUUAUUUUUCUAACCCGGUUAAAGAAGAAUCACUGGAAUCUAAACCAGUUCUCAAGUAUUCAGAAAUGACUGAAGAAAAGCGAGCAAAGCUUCGAGAAAUAGAGCUUAAAGUAAUGAAGUUCCAAGAUGAGUUGGAAUCUGGGAAGAGGUUAAAAAAGGCAGGUCAGACCAUGCAAGAACAAGUGGAACAUUAUAGAGACAAACUACUUCAGAGGGAGAAGGAGAAAGAACUGGAAAGAGAACGUGACAAAAAGGACAAAGAGAAAGAAGUGAUUAAAUCAGAGUACCGUAUAAAAGAAUGUAAAGAAAAAGAAAGCUCCUCCUCCCCUUCAAGCAAAGAAAGAAAAAGGAAACACAGUACAUCUGUCAGUCCGACUCGUAUUGCCAGGCGUGUGAAGUCGCCAUCACCGCGUUCAGAAUGGUCAGAAAGAUCACGUACCAAAGACAGUCCCCACACCAGGUCAACACACAAAAACACACCUCGGGAUACAAAUAAGAAGUCCAAAAGAUCUCGUUCUGGUUCAAGGACGCCGAAACGGUCCAAAAGAUCUCGAUCUAGGACACCCAGAAAAUCUUCCAAAAAAUCAAGAUCUCAGUCCAGAUCCCCACAUCGAUCACACAAGAAAUCCAAGAAGAGCAAACACUAGUGAACUGUCCAUAACUUUUUUCUGUAAUUUUAGUUUUGUCCUGUGCCUGAACAAACUGUUGAGGAAUAUCAUUCCUGGCUUUUUUUUUUGAAUGCACAUAUAUUCAUUAUGAAUAUUCAACUCCAGUCAAUCUGUGUGCUUUUUUGUAUAUGAAAAAGAAAUUGACUUCUCUAGUGCUAUGGCUUCAUCAUCCCCUAAACUCCCUGUUUGUAGAUUGUGUAAAAACAAAUCCCCCUUUUAUGUUAGACUUUUCAUGAGGAUCCUUGUAUGUCUCUUCCACCAGCAGUAGCAGUGUUGUAUUUGCGGAGGUGUAUGAGGAAGCCUGAAGCAGAGUGUUAUCCUUUUGUAAUUUUUAACAUUCAAUGAGAGUUGAAUAAAAAUCAGUACAGAAAGUUACAUAAUUUCUUGUUUUAUAAUAAAGUAAAUGCAAUAAUG